AUGUUACCUGGAACAGGCAAAAUCCCUCGUUUAUUUUGUGCUUUAAUUCAAAUAAUUCCAAUUGGUGGUUGUUUAAAUGUUUUUAGUUUAAUGUUGGUUAUUGGAAUUGACAGAAUGUUGGGGAUAUUUUGCCCUAUUUGGUAUUCAACACGAAGUGACAAAAAUUAUUUAAAAUUAUUAUUUUCACUUUCUUUAUCAUUUCCCUUCAUAUUUUUAUGUUUUGUAAUUCGUUCAUUAAUACAAGACCCUUUUCUACAAAUCCAGUGUUUCUUUCCUGAUUUGGUUGGAAUUGAUGGACAAAAUUUUUUCGAUAUGACACAAUUAUUAUUAAUGUUUAUGACUUUGGGAUGUUAUAUUCUUAUGUUAAUUAAAUUAAUUUAUGAUCAGAAGAAAGGAAAAGGUAAUUAA